AUGGCCCCGGCCACACACCACCCCGCUCCACCUAUCGCACUCGCCUCCGGGCGCCGUCACCUGCAGCGCGCCAGAGCGCAGGAAGACACUCUAGCCACCCGGGAGACGUCGAAAGUCUUCCAGGGCCUUGCGGGAUCCGUAGCGGAUUCGGAAGGGGCCGGAACCCGAGCAGAGAGGGCGGGACUUCAGGGCGCCGAAGGAGGAAACGGGGAGGCGGGCCGGGGGCCCUUUGUGCAGCCCGCGCGACUCUGGGGACGUGCAGUUCUGCGCGCCUCUCUGCCCGCGUCGUCUUCCUCGCGCGGCCUCCUCGGGGCUCCGCGCGCGUUAGUCCGCAGCCGGGUCGCCGCGGGGCGUAGUGUCGGGGCCGCUCCUCGCGGCGCCGCAGGCCGGGGCCCGGGGCUCGGCUGCUCGGACUCCCUCCGCCUCCCGCGGCUGCUGCGGGGCGGCGCCGCCUCGGACUCGGGUGCGCGGAAGCAGCUUUGUGGGAAAGGAGCGCUGAGUUUAUCCUGCGAGACGGAAGGAGGGAGAGGAGAAAGCUGCCUGAGCUGCAUGGAGAGGGUGGGCUGUUGCAGGGCGCGCGAGAUCUUGGAAGAUGAAACGCUUUCAAAUGUAAUGCAUGAGUCUAAAAUCGUUUGGGACGGUUGUAAAACCGACUGGUGAAAAUGGCUGUUUUCAGUAAAUCCGCCUAUCGUCAGGCUAAGAGGACUAUAGUGUCAAGAUUAAAGUCUUUCUGAGAAUACAUUCUUUAUUUUUUUGUUGUUGUUUAACAGUAGGAACAGUUUGUUGAGAGAAAGAGAAGCUCAGAAAGUGGGUUGCCCGCAUUAUUCUUUAAAACCGUGUUCCAAGAAAGGACUUUGGCUUCCAAAAAGAAAAAAGCAAAGCCUUAGUGGAUAAACUCUGACUCCUUGCUUUGUCAACAGGUCACCUGUAGCCUGGAGUUAGCAUUGUGCUACAGAUUCUGUAAAACCAUAGAAUAAACCAGGUGAAUAUUAUGGAAAGUCAUAACAGAACAGGUUUUGCA